AAUCUACUGUUUACGUUGAUACAAUCAAUGAUUUUAAUACACGCUUACCAGCUAAACCGAAAAACCAAGAUUUCAUGAUGUUAAAUGAACAGGCAUACUUAAUUUUAAACAUCUUCGGCCAAGAUUAAAUUAAAUCUGUGACCCAGUUAGUAAAUUUGUUAAAGCUCAUUUGGCGCGUAUUCAGCAACAUCUAUAUUACCAGAAGUAGGACGUUGUUUUUUAUUUAUCAACUAACCUACCUUCCUAUAUUAACCUGCUUCAUCAUCCUUAUGAAUAACGUCUCAAUGAUUAGGUACGAUACCACUAUUAACGCACUAACGAAUUGCGAGUAGGUACCUAAUAAACCAAUUUUGCGUUUAAUAGUAAAGCAAACGCUUAACUAUUAAACGAGAUUUGAUAUCUUAAGUAUUAGGUUGGUUAUUUAGAACAUCGGUUUUUAUGACGAUGAUGAAUCUAUUAUAAUAACCCGAAACCUAGGACCUAAAGACUAUACAUAUAAACGAAUCGACUGCUAAAAAUAAAAUUUCUAAAAAUGGACAACCUAAUUAUUUCAGAUUGGCAGUGUUUAGGCUAAAUGUCACAAAUCCAUCGCUUGCCAAUACUAAAAACUUGGCGUAAAUCCAAACACCAAGUCUUCAAUGUCUGGUAAAUCUCUCCCGGUGAAAGACUAGGUCAAAAAUAGCAAAAUUAAAAUCUUAUGUUGGCAAUGUUCGCAUUAUAAAUUAAAAGUGAUGACGGCUGAGUGAAUAGCUUCGAAGUGAUGUGCUUAAAAUAAUUAUAAAAUUAUCUAUGGAUUAAAAACAUUUUUAAUAAAAAAAACUAAUAAAUUCUCCAUUUUAAAAAAUAAGCAAAAAAUAUAUAAAGUCGAUAUUUAAAAUGAGUACCCUAAAAAGUAGAACAAAUGUGAAGCUAGCGAAACUAUUUUACAAAUAUUCAGAUGAAAUGGCUCAGCAAGUCGAAGCAAAGGAAGAAAUUAAACAGCCUAUCGAGGUCGAAGAAGCACUCUAUCCACCAUACAAUUUUUCAUGGCUUGUCGAAAACAAAAUAGCGGGAAUGGGCUGCCCGCAAAGCGUGGCCAACUUGAAUUAUUUGGCAGAUGUGGGCAUAAAUCACUUAAUCACCCUGUCGCCUGAAAAGAUUCCACCCAUAUUAGAAUGCACAAGAAAAUUGAAAUGGACGGAGAUACGAUUUAAAGAGUUCGCCGCUCCGACCCUGCGACAGAUAAUAAAGUUCAUUGAAAUCUGUGAACGAGCUGAUAUUAAUGGGCAUAUUAUAGGUGUCCAUUGUCGGCACGGGCGCGGUCGCACGGGCACUUUGCUGGCGUGCUAUCUCGUGAAGUUCAAGAACAUGACUCCAGAACGUGCUGUGAUGACCGUUCGAGUGCAGAGACCAGGAUCUUGCGAAACUCACGAUCAAGAGAAGAUUGUCUGCCAUUACCAUGACUGCAUCAAAGGCACUAUCAACAAAACCGAUUACCGUUUGGUGGAUGACAAAUUAUACUUCGAUAUCUCAAUGAAAUACAUGUACCCUGAUGAAGAGAAACAGAAAAAAGAAGAAUCCGAUACUAUAGAGGAGUUAAUGAAAAAGAUCGAUGCGACGAAGUUAGAGGAACUUAUCAGGAAGGAAGAACUAGAGGAGAGGCGUAAGAGAUCGAAAGCUAUGGUCAUACAUCACAAGAUAUAUUUCUAAAUCAAAUGUUAUUUUUUUACGAUAUUGUUAAAAUUUUAAAUGUUUUGUUUUUUUAGGGCUUCCCACCCACAAUCAAUAUUAUUGACAUUAUUUUUUACCAUAACUCUUCAAUACGAACACAUGUAAUAUUCAUCAUUAGUCGAUUUGUAUUUAUAAUUUUGUAUAUAUAUUUAUUAUAGUUUUUAUAUAUAAGAAUUUUGUGACGUAUGACUUGUGCGGGCAGCCUAACUUUACUUACUGAAAGAUGGCUACGUACAGCAUAAUUUAAAUGUACAUUGAUGUUAUUUAUUAAAGACUUUGUGAUUUAUUAUGUCAUUCGAUAAUUCGUAGAACUGAUAAUUAUUAAGAUCUUAAGUAAAAUACAUCUUAAUUAUAAAGUUU